UAAAAGCAGAGUUUUAUGGAAGCGAACAAAGUUCAGAUAGGGAAUGGGCUUCGUUAUAAUGGGCCUACCUACAGUUUGUAUGAAUCGGCCUCAAACCGGUUCAUGACUCAACCGGGCCGGUACAAGGAUCCUCCUCUGGUAGGAAACGCUGCUGCUAAUGGUAUCGAGAGAAGAAGAAGGCAAAGUAUGAUAAGGUGGAGGAGCUUGGCCUCUUCGGCCUCUCUUAUCUCAAUCCCGGCUCAGAGAACAAGUGCCAUGGCCUUCUCUUGCUCUUGCUCUUCCUCUUCGCUUCAAUUGGUUCUCGAGUACCACAACCAGACGAAGCACUCCUUCAACGGUUACGCGAGAGGCCCCCGAGGUCUGGACUGGGCCAAUCAGCCUAACCCCUUCCGCCGUUACCUCUCUGCUCCUCUUCUUCCUCUCCAACACCCCGACGACCCUCUUCAGUCCUCCUACGCUUCUCUGUUCGACUCGCCUCCUCCGCCCAAACCCGUCUCUCUCUCCACCAUCUCCGACCUUUUCUACCAUUCUCUCGCUCUCUCCGCCUGGAAGACCACCGGAGUCUCCACCUGGCCCCUCCGCGUCAACCCCAGCAGCGGUAACCUGCACCCCACGGAGGCUUAUCUCAUCGCUCCACCCAUCGAUUCACUCUCCGAAUCCGCUUUCGUGGCCCACUAUGCUCCCAGAGAGCACUCGUUGGAGGUUAGAGCUCCCACCAUCCCCUCUUCCUUUUUCCCUUCCUUUUUCCCUGCCAAUUCCUUUCUCAUCGGCCUUUCUUCCAUCUUCUGGCGCGAAGCUUGGAAGUACGGGGAGCGAGCCUUCAGGUACUGUAACCACGACGUCGGCCACGCCAUUGCCUCUCUCUCCAUCGCUGCCGCUGAGCUCGGCUGGCACUUGAAGCUUCUCGACGCCUUCGGAGCUGAUGAUCUCAAGAGGCUUAUGGGGCUCCCUGAUUUUCACUUUCCCUCUGCUAAAGGUAAAGGUCACCUCCCUGAGAUUGAAUUCGAGCAUCCUGACUGCUUGCUCCUCGUUUUCCCCUACGGAACUGGAGAUAUCCACUUAGACUACCUCGGAAUUUGCUCUGCCAUUAGAGAUUUCCCUACUCUAGAUUGGAUUGGGAAGCCCAAUGUUCUGAGUAGAGAGCAUUUGUGCUGGGAUGUCAUCUACACGACUGCCAAGGCAGUAGAAAAGCCUUCUUCGAUCCCCGCCUCUUCUUCCAUUGAUGAUACUUCCUUCAGGAGCAGCGCUCUGUUUAGCCAGGGUUCAUAUAACGAUUUAACGGCCAGGCAAGUUGUGAGGAAGAGAAGAAGUGCUGUUGAUAUGGACGCUGUUACUUUUAUAGACAAGUCUUCGUUUUUCCAGAUGUUGAUGCACUGUCUUCCCUCCGGCUCUACCAGAGGUGAGCCCCAGAGAGAGCAACUUGCACUGCCGUUUCGAGCUCUUCCUUGGGAUACUGCUGAGGUUCAUCUUGCUUUGUUUGUGCACAGAGUUUCUGGUUUGCCAAAGGGUUUUUAUUUCCUAGUCAGAAACGAGGAUCAUCUCAGCGAUCUCAAGACAGCUACGAGGCCUGAAUUUGAGUGGAAGAAACCAGAUGGGUGCCCUGAUGAUCUUCCUCUGUACAAGCUCGCCCAGGGUGAUUGCCAAAAGCUGGCAAAAGGACUAUCAUGUCAUCAGGACAUUGCAGGGGAUGGAUGCUUCAGCCUAGGCAUGGUAGCUCGGUUUGAACCAGCACUGCGGGAGAAGGGCUCAUGGAUGUAUCCUCGUCUGUUUUGGGAGACGGGUGUUGUUGGGCAAGUUUUGUACCUGGAAGCACAUGCAAUGGGGAUCUCAGCAACGGGGAUUGGGUGCUAUUUCGAUGAUCCAGUUCAUGAGAUCCUGGGGAUGAAAGACUCCAGCUUUCAGAGUCUGUACCAUUUCACGGUGGGAGGUCCGGUUGUAGACAAGCGGAUCAUGACUCUUCCUGCUUAUCCUGGUCCGACCACCACCGAUGCCUAGAUCAUACAUACUCUUACUCUUGAACAGCUUCGAUUUUUGUGGUGGUGUAAUAAACUAGUAGUUAUUGGUAGAUAUCAAUAUCUUGAGCCACUUUUAGAUCCAUAAUAACGAGUAAGCUUAUGUGACAUGUGCUUUGAUAAAUUACCACGGAAAGUUAGCUUGAA